AUGGCGACAGCGCGUGAAGAGAACCGUUACGAAGGCGGUGGAGGCUAUGGCAAGUUCCGAAAAAGACCUCUCCGGAAAUCACAACCAACGCCGUACGAUCGGCCGCCGACAGCCCUCAGAAACCCUAACCAAAACAACGGCUGGCUCUCGAAGCUCAUUGAUCCCGCUCAGAGGUUCAUCACUUAUAGCGCUCACAAACUCUUCUCCUCCGUUUUCCGCAAACGCCUUCCUCCGCCACCUCCUUCAGAAACAGUACAAGAAGCAAGUGACAAACGCCAGAAAGCAGCUACCUUUGUUGCAAAUGAGUUGUCUGGCAAGCAACAAGGAGUAGUUGGUGAAAGUAGUGAUCAAACUAACCUAUCGGAUAGAGUUUGUUUACCUGAACUUGAGAAACUGUUGAAGCAGAAGACUUUCACGAGAUCGGAGACUGAUCACUUGAUAGAGCUUAUGCGCUCAAGGUCUGUAGAUACGGCUGUUGGGGAAGAAGGGAAGAUGACAGAAGUGGUUCCAUUAGAAUCAAUGUUGCAUUGUAACCAAAAGGAAGAGCAUCCCCAAACUCCUGCACUAGAAAAUAGAAUUGAAAACCAUCUUGUUUCACCCCCACACGCCACUUCCAGUAUUCCUGUGGAAGAUGUUGCUUCACCUGCACAACUAGCAAAGGCUUACAUGGAGAGUAGGCCUUCCAAGGUAUCCCCAUCAGUGUUAAGCUUGCGAAGUCCUACCGGGGAGGAUUCAACUCUACUAAAAGGCCACUUUGCUCAAAAAUCCCCUGUUAUGUCAAUUGUGCCAAGGGCUACUAACCAUGCCAGGGUUUAUGAAAAUGGUUUUUUGACCCCAAGAUCUCGUGGAAGAUCAGCAAUAUAUACUAUGGCUCAAACACCUUAUCCUAAAGUAUACCCUGCCUCCACACUCAAGGGUGCUGGGGUUGGUGUUGAGGAUGGGCCAUCAUCUUCAACUCAGCAUGCACUUAGUAAUGGUAUACUCUCUGGAACUACUAAACAAGGGGGAUUAAAACGUAGAAGUUCUGUAUUAGGUAAUGAUAUAAGAUCUUUUGGUCGUAUACGCCGAAUCCGUCACAAGUCUAAUCUUAUAUCCUCUAAAGGAUUGACCUUGACUCACUCAGACGGCCCUCUAUCUAUUACUAGUCAUGGGGUUGCUAGUAAUACUGCUCAGCAACCUUCAUCUUUCAUUCAGAAGCCUAUUUUGUCGGAUGAAGUUAAUUACAGUCAUAGAAAAUCGCCACCGGAAAAUGUAGGUGACACCAUGCCUAGCAGCAACUUUCCUCCUUUACCAUCCAAAUCUAGUGAGAUGGCCUCCAAAAUACUGCAGCAACUUGAUAAUAUGGUUUCUCCCAAAGAAAAAUCAUCAGCACUAAGGCUGCCAAAUGUGAAUGAUAAAUCUCCAACAAAGUUGUCAUCUUCCAUGUUACGAGGACAAGCUCUUCGAAGCAUGGAGACAGUAGAUUCUUCAAAAUUAUUGGAUAAUGUAAAGGAUAAUAAAUUAGACGGCAAUCUUAAAAGUUUGUCGGCUAGUUCUCAAAAGUUGGCAUCAAAGAUAAAUAAGGUGGAAAAUGGUCUGAAGCCUGUUUCAUCGAAUGGUGGAUUAACUACUGAAGUAACUGGUUCAGUCUCUACUGUCCCAAGUAACCAAGUCAUAUCUAUUGGAAAGUCUGGAGAUUCUUCUGACCCUCCUUCAAAAAAGUGGGCGUUCCGUAUGAGUGCACAUGAGGAUUAUCUGGAGUUGGAUGAUGAGGCCUAUCCUAAUGAAGCUGUGUCUCCUUUUUCUACAUCCGAGAAAGAAACAAAAGGCUCUACUGCUGCGGCUAUCAAAACAGUCUCUGCUCUUGAAAAACCUGUACAGAAGAUACCAGGUUCAUCUGUAGUGACGCCGUCCAAAAGUUUUAUAGCAGAUGGUAAACUUAGUACUGCUGAUGUUCCUAUAGUAGCUAAGGUUGACACACCGACUUCAAUAACUUCAUCUAUUGCCACUGAUCCUACUGUUAAGCCAAGUAUGGGUGAAGUUAAAUCAUCGGCAGUCACUAUUUUAGGUUCCGACAAGUCCUCUUCACCAAAUGGAUCAGCUGCUAAUCUUCCCCUGUUUAACUUCGGGAAUAAUUUUGUUUCUUCAACAGAGUCCACUAAAACAGGUCCAGUAUUUGGUUUGGAUAAAGCGGAUAAAGCGGCUCUAUCAAAGGAAACAAGUCCUGAUGCUAAAUCUGUUAAAUUUGGUUUCAACAAAAAUAUUGACAGUGUUCCACAAGCAUCAUUUACUUUCUCUCCAUCUGCUGGUGGUGAGUCUACUUUUCUCAAAUUUGGCGGGGCUUCUGACUCAAAGCUGAGCUCAAUCAGCUCAAUUACUGCUGCCGGUAUUGUUGAUUCAGUGCCAAAAGUUCUUGAAUCAAAUAGUGCUGAUGUCAAGGCUAGUAUGGUUUCCAAAGUCUCUGCUCAAUCAUCAGAACCAUCUGCAGCAUCUACGUCAUUGUCAACAUCACCCGCAAAUAUAUUUACUUUUGGCAACAGUUCAAGUCAAAAUAAUGGAUCUGCUGCUUCAAGCCCUACACUGUCCUCCCCAUUUCUACCUGUGGUUUCAAAUAGUCUUACAAGUCAGAAUAUGCUCAGUAGCUCAUCGCUUGCCACAAGCAGCAGCAGCAUUAAUGUGACUGCUACUUCCACCACUAGCAUGACAACCAGCACCUCCGUUGUAAAUGCGUCCAGCAAUAGCAGUUCCUCUACCUCAGUGAUGACAUCUUUAUCUCCAACAACUUCCCUUUUCAAAUUUGGAUCCACCCCAUUACCAUCAACAAGUUUACCUGUUUCAUCUUCUCGCUCAGAACCCGUGGAAACCAAGGACGGGCAAAAUGCUGGAAUUGGUAAAAUUGAAAGCACCUCCUUUGGAAGCUCUUCUGCUGCUGCUGCAAAUGCCGGGAAUGGCAUUUUUGGGCUUAGUUCAUUGGCAACAUCUGCAAAUAGCCAGUCCCAGACACAGGGUUCUAUCUUUGGCACUGUAGGUGGGUCUACCAUUGGUACUCUGGCACCUAGUGCUACUAGUGGGUUUGCAACUUCGACUCAGAGUCAGUCUGUGGCAUUUGGUUCAUCUACACCAUCCCCGUUGUUUGGGUUGGCUGGAAGUUCAUCGCUCCCUUCUUCAAGUCCUGUAACAAAUAUUUUUAAUUCUGGUUUAAAGGCUGGACAAAGCACCCCCGCGUCUUCUUUGGAAGCCAACCCUGUUAGCUCCAAUAAUGGCACAAAUUCAACCUUGUUUGGGGUUCCUAGUUGGCAGCCCAGCAAAUCGUCUCCGUUUGGCACCCCCUUCAGUUCAUCAUCAUCGUCUUCAUCUACCUCUGUGUUUUCCUUUGGAACAUCCGCUCCAUCUGUUGUUUCCACCAGCUCUCCCAUGAUAUUUGGAUCAUCUACAGGUGCAUCAGGUUCUCAAUUCUCAUUCACUUCAGCUGCAGCCACUACCAAUACGCAGCCUGCUUUUGGAAAUUCUAGUCCCGUCUUCGCAUUUGGUUCAGCUUCUGUUAACAAUGAUCAGAUGAGCAUGGAGGACAGUAUGGCUGAGGACACAGUUCAAGCAACUCAACCCGCCACUCCUGUAUUUGGUCAGCAACCAGCUCAAGCACAAUCAAAUUUUGUAUUUGGAGCACCAACUCCAACUGGAGCUAGCCCUUUCCAGUUUGGGGGUCAACAGAAUAUUGCUCCACAGAAUCCAUCUCCAUUUCAGGCUUCUGGCAGUCUAGAAUUUAAUGCGGGAGGGAGUUUCUCAUUGGGCACUGGGGGUGUUGAUAAGUCUGGUAGAAAGCAUAUUAAAAUUAAACACAGGCAGCGUAAGAAGUAA